AUCCCUGUCACGUGGUGGGGCACGUGACGUCACGCUGUUGUAACGUCUAAGCCGGUCCGAGCUCCACACCUGAUGUUGGGUCGCCGGUGAAGCUCGCUGCGGGAAGGCGGGAGCUGCCACCUGCACUGGGGUCAGAGCCAUGUGGAGGAAUUGUGUUAGGUUGGCAAGGGGGCUUGGUUGCGGUGCAUUCCUCCGUCCGGAUCCAAAGGUGUCACGCUGCGGUGUCGUUCGAGGGUUAAGCCCAGCUGCCCCAUGCAGUCCGCUCUGGAACUCAGUGACCUGGCUCUCUCAGGCCAGAGAGUUGAAGGAUUAUGCCCUCCCCAACUCCAGCUGGAGCCAGGGCAUGAUGGAUUUGUAUAGCAGGUUCCUGGAGAUGUGUAAAGAUGGGACAUGGAAAAGGAUUCCUUCCUACAGCAAUAGUGUUGAUCAUUUACCAGAAUCGCUGAAGCUGACGUCUGAGAAGGAGCGGAAGGAAACCCGCCUCUUCCCCAGAAACAUGGAUACGGAAGGAGUGGGCUUCGAAUAUGCCAUGUUCCUUAACACGUCUGAGAAAAGGAUGGUGUGUCUGUUCCAGCCGGGCCCCUAUCUGGAAGGGCCUCCGGGGUUUGCCCACGGGGGCUCCACUGCAACGAUCAUUGAUAGCACGAUUGGGGGCUGUGCUAUAUUUGUCGCUGGCAAGGUGAUGACGGCUAACCUCAGUAUAAACUACAGGAACCCCAUUCCGCUGGGCUCGGUGGUCUUGGUGGACAGCAGAGUGGACCAAGUCGAGGGAAGGAAAGUGUUUCUGUCCUGCCAAGUCAGGAGCAUCGAUGGCCAAACGCUUCACGCAGAGGCGACCGCCCUGUUUAUCCGGGUGGAUUCCACAAAGUCCCUGCAGCAGCAGAUGAGCUCCCAGUGAGUCGUCUUGGCCUGUCAGACGACCAGGCUGCAGCCGAGCCCACUACGGCCUCUGCUUCUCUCCGGUCGCUAAUUCCCUGCUCUGAUCUCUCCUGCUCUGAAGAGAGAGCUCUGCCCCGGACUUCUCCUGAGUAACAGUGCCGUGGUGCAGAUUCUUCUGCAUUCAUCGACUCUCUGGAGGCCACCUCUGCCCAUUGGGCUCUACUACAGCUGUUGUGUCAUCCCACCUUCAGCUGGCCGGUCAGUUUCUGAUUAACCUCCGAAAAUGAAGAUCCCAUUCGUUGCCUGCUGUACAGGGAACUGCUGCUGGGAGUUGGUGCCGUCUAUGGACUUCAGAGGCUGUGAGCAUGUUAUUGUGUGUUACAACUUCAGAUGUUUUAUCAAAGGACAAAUGCGAUUAACCCUUGGCCAGCCACUUACUGCACUACAAGCCUGUAGAUUCUCUCCUCUCCUUCGGAUGUCUCUUACUGCUGUUUCCAUUUUGUCUGCCAGCCCUCUUGUCUGCUGAGGAAACUUGCGUGCUAUCUUGUGAUCCAGCAUGCUGUCUAUCCUUCACAGCGUACGCGAUUUACAUGCCUCGGGAUGGGUAAUGGGUUUUAAAACCUUACACGCUAGUUCACCAGUUCAGGUCUAGUUCUACCAGACAGGGUGAUCCAGACCCAGGUUGUAUCUUCUCCUCCUGGCUGUGACCCAUUCUCCUUUAACAUGGAGAAGUGGGGAGGAGGGGGAAAUUUGGCUUCCAUGCCUAAAAGAAGGAAACAUAGGACAUAAUUUGUCCCGGUCAUUGGAAAUUAGUGAACAGAUCCGUUAGUGACACGCGAGCCAGAAGAGAAAACAGCUCCUGCUCUCGUAAGCUCUGCAGAGCCAAUGCAGGAACGAAAAAGUAGAUCCGAGUCCGAUUAUGGGAUAGAUCUAUGGAAUUGGAAGGCACCGUCAUGCAAGAGUCACCGCCAAGCUUUGCAGAGACAUUUUUAGGGCUGGUUGAAAAUUUUCAGUCAAAACCUUUUUCUUUUUCGUGGAAAAUCGGGCCUUUGAUCAAAUGAAACGUCGGCAAAAUGCCUCUGCUUUCCACGGCAGACGUGCGUGUUUUCCAUCAGAAAACGGAACACGGGACUGGAAAUGAUUUUGAUUCUGAAAUGCUGCUGUGGUUCAAGUGCCUCUCGCUCCUAUUCUGUGUGGGCCGGGAUCCCUGGCCAGGUUAUGUCUUCCAUAAUGCAGCGCAGCCAGGCAGCUGUCCUGAAGUGGGGCCUGCCUCACCAGGAGGCACCGCAGCAGCAUUUCACAAUCACGCUAUUUGGGUAGCAGCAGAUUUUAGUCAGACUAACCCUCUUUCCUCUUCAACCACUUCGUUCUCCAGGGCCCCGAUCUUGCAGGGAGCAGAUCUCGGAGCACCAAGUUUGCUGCUGAUUUGUGACCUUAACUAUCAAUAGCCAGCACGCGGCCUUCUUUCCUUUGGGAGUGAGCUGUCCCGGGGAGGGAGAGGAGAAAGGGGUGGGGGCGAACUCUUGGCUUCCCUUCCGAACUCUGCCACCGCCUCAAGCGGUCAUGGGAAAGUCACUUACCCUCUGUGUGCCUUGGUUUCCCCACCUAUAAAAUAAGGGUCGAUGAAACUUGCCUGUCCUGGGAGGAGAAGAGUGAGGGUUAAUUCAGCUUUGUCAAGCACUAGAAGGGCUAAUUAUUUAUAGUAGAUCUCUAGUUGCGUCUGGGAUAUCAGGCAAAGAAAAUGUUAAUGGAGGCAAAGGAAGUAAUAUAUACACUUGUUUAUUUAUUUUUGUAGUUAACUCACUGCAGUCUUGCUACAUUAGCGAGAACAGCAGGUUUUGCAGAAGCCCCCUGAGGAGUUUGCCUGUAGCUACCCUUAAAGCUAAUCUUGACUGGGAUUUGAAUUUGCUCACUAAAGAGUAGCAGUGCCAGUGGCCGCCACAGAAAGUUUGUGUUCCUGAGAUCCAGGGAUUUACACACCUUGCCAUGAAGGGGCAGGCUUUCAGGACAACUUUAAAUCCUCAGUGGAAAGGGUUUGUUUGUCUUUUAAACAUCUCACCUUGUGCGAAAUCUAACCUCACCAGUAUUGUCCUGGUAGCGUCGCUUCUCCCAUCCUGCAGCUGCUCCGCUUCUGCAACUAGACAGAGCUAAUCGGCUGUAGGGUCUCAUCCCGGAACCGAGUGAGGGAGCAGUUUCUGUUCCUCGGUCCAAGUAGAUCAAAGAACUCCCAUAUGCUGGGAUGGGGCCUAUGUAUUUUAAGUUAUGUAAAUGAAUCUAUAAAUGAGCAUUCAUUGCCAGUAACUAACAUGUUCUGUGGCGUCACAGUGUGAACCAACAGCGGGAGAACUACCCACAGCUGGCACCAGGGAAGUAUUCGUGUAGAUUGGGCUCUGGCAUCUCUGCCAUGGUGCUGUCUAUCCCUGCUCAGUCUAGACACCAGCCUGGUUUAACACUGCCUGCACCCGAGCUGUGUCCACGCUCCUGCAAUUACUACACUGAUGGUUGGAGAAUGCUUCGAAAAAUUCUCACCAUAGACAGCCUAGUGCAAAGUGCUCCAUAGGAGAAGCAGAGCAUGAAACUGACCAGGCUAGUUCCACCUUCAGAACUGCUUGAAGAACAAAAAUAAACACAGGGCAGCAAUGCGGCAAAUCGGAUCAGGUCAUGAAACUGGAAUAAUUGUUAGGCUCUCAGCCAGUGCCAAGAAUGCUGGUAAGGGAAUCUCUCACAACGGCUGGUAGAAUUAAAGGCAUUAGAGCCUCAAUCAGGGGGCUGUGAUGUGAAUUGACUCUUUGUUCUUCACCCAGUGCGCAGGGUUUAAAAACUUGAAAUCAUCUCUCUCAAAUAUCCUGGUGCCUGGGGGGGGAGUUGGUCUUGGUUUUGAGUUGGAUUGUUAUCUUGUUUGUCACUGUUUGGAGCAUCUCCAUCUGAAGGGGAGGGUUUCUGCAAUCUAAAAGGGGCAUGCCUAGCAAGGAUUAAAGAUGUUUAUUUUAGAACAGA